AUGCCACAAAGACCACGAAAGCUUCAACGUAUUUCUAAAGCCUGUGACUUUUGCAAUCGACGCAGCAUUAAAUGCGGCAAGGGUGACUUCCCCCUAGGCCGGUGCCGGAAUUGCGUGGACUUUGACCUGCCGUGUACAUUUGAUCGCCCGGCAAAGCGCCGUAACACCAGGCGCAGCACCUUGACUGACAGCCAAGUUCCGAAAGCCUAUCCGGAGAUUACAUCUGUGGCAGUUGGAGCAACAUCCGGCUCUUCUAUUCCUCGACGCUCACACUUUCCUGCCUUGGCUCCGCGACAGCCAGUGUCUAUUGGAACCCAGUCCAUUCUGGGCUCCUGUUCGCCAGCGAAUGAUUACGAUGAUGACCGAGAAGAAUCCGGUAUACGACCUUCAUGGACAGCUUUUGCAAUUAGCUGUGACCAACAGAUCCAGAACCUUGUUCAGGUGUAUUUCGAGAUCGUUUAUCCGAUAUUCCCUUUGUUUCAUCGGCCGUCUUUCAUCGAGGCGAUCAAAAGCCAGAACCAUCUCCGAGACCAAGGUCUCUUUGCUUCAACGAUGGCUGCAUGUGCUCUCGUAUCCGGUCGAGUGCGUGACGGAGCAUUGUGCUCCAAACGCUGGGACCGGAAAGAACUUAUGGAACCGCCUUCAGAAGUUUACUUUGCAAUGGCCCAAAACUCCAUACCCGAUGAAGUGGUCGCUGCUAAAGGUAUAAAUUAUAUGCGGGCGUGCGCCUUGCUAGCUAUUACCAGUAUUCAAAAUGGUCAGAUCAGGAAUAUGCAGAAAUUCUCAGGGUUAUAUCAUACCUUGACUUCUAUGAAUGGACUCUAUGAUGAGAAGCUCUGGCCAAAAAGCUUGAACACUAUCGAAAUUGAAGAGCGCAGAAGAUUGUUCUGGUCGAUCUACACACUGGAUAUUUAUUCCACAAUUGUGUGGGGCGGCGUUAUUCGAUAUCGCGAGGCCCAUUCGCUUGUGCGCUACCCCAGCGAACUCGACGACGAGCUUAUCACGUCUCAUUCUUAUGGUGUACCGUCCACAUCGCUAGGACCAAGCUGUGAUAACAACGAUUUUUCCUGGCUCCGAGGCUGGAACUUUACCACGGAUCUCUACCGUGUUCUUGAGCAUAUAAUCAAUAGCAAUCGACGCCGGCUGUAUCCGGCCGAGAGAGACCCAGUGUCACCCCUCUUUGGUCCGGCACCUGUAUGUGAAUUGGUGAUCAUGGAACAUGUCCUCUCUAUGUACUCCGCACUACAGUCACGAUUCCGAGAAACACCUCCAAUCACCGGCGAUAUGACCAAAGAUCUCUUUGGCUUCCAAUCGGCCAACAUCCAUGCAACGAUGCAACUUCUCCGGAUGGUCUUAUUAUCUACCGAACGGGCCGGGGUGGAUCGAAGAUGUGAUGUCGCCGAAGAGAUGCUUAAGGUGUUCUCAAAAAUGCCCUUAGAAUACCUCAAAACGAUCAAUUUGCCUCUGCUCCAUCACAUCGGCGGCAUCGGCUCUAUCUUGGGCUCCGUUAUGGAAGACAACUUGUCUGAGACUUCCUACCAACGGGCCCGUGCCCUAGUCCUUAAAACAGCAGAUUUCCUUGACCGUCUCGAAACGAGCCUACAUCGCGCCUCGGGAGCUAGUGAAUGCCUCCGGUACCAGGUCGGCCGCAUUGACGGAUUCAUAGGAACAUCACGGGAGCUCAAUCUGCAUACUACUCCAGUGUCUUCAGGCAACGCCGAUGUGUGCUUAGGUACAAAUACACAACCUUCAGUGUCGACAACCAAUGCCCAUGGUGGUCCGAAUACCGCCUUCGAACCGUCGUCGGCUCUGGAGGACCAGAUGUCGCUGUUUCAGGUGCCUUUAGAGCUGCUGAUGGAUUGGCCUUUUCCGCUGGAUACCUCGAGUUCCGAGGAGUUUCCGUCUCUGGCGUUUCAGUAA